CUUGCGGUGACAAUGAGAAAACUUUUACUGCUAGCUAUUACCCAAUCAUUCAUUUUCGCGACUACAGCAAAAACUUACAAAACAUGCGACUCGCCUAUUUACUGUGAAGGACCUCUGCUUCGCGCCGUCCAACUCUCCAAUAUUUUCACGGACUCCAAAACCUUUGUAGAUAGGCCUACUGCGAAGCCUGUUAACGAAGUGUUGGAUGCGUUCAACAAGCUUGGGAAAAAUCCAUCAAAAGCCGAUAUACGGAUGUUUGUUGACGAAAAUUUCUUGGAGACUGGAAUGGAGCUUUCCCAGGUAGUGAUGGAAUCAAAACAAGACCUUGCCAUUCUGAAAUCCAUCCAGGACCCAUCGUACCGAGUUUGGAUGAGUGAUCUGAAUAACUAUUGGUCUAAUCUCACAUACAGUUUCAAUACCACUUUUCUGUGUGAUGGAUGCUCUAGUAGUAUCUUACCUACCAAACGUCCCUUUGUUGUUCCAGGCGGACGAUUCCGUGAAUUCUACUACUGGGACAGCUACUUCGUAAUUGAGGGACUUUUGUACAGCGAACUGGAUCAUACUGCCAAGGGUAUGAUUGAAAACUUUCUAGACUUCGUGGAAGCUUACGGAUUUUUGCCAAAUGGUGCACGUAUAUACUACUUGAAUAGGUCACAGCCGCCAUUCCUAGUACGUAUGGUGAAACGCUAUCUCGAAUUUAUGGACGAUCAGGAACUGCUAGCACGAGCAUUGCCAAUUCUGGACACUGAAUAUGAGUUUUGGAUGAAAAACACCACCGUCGAGAUCGUUGACUCUGGGAGUGGAGAGAAACACUAUCUUAACCGCUAUAACGUGGAAUAUCCAUAUCCUCGCCCAGAAGCCUAUUACGAAGAUUGGCACACUGCACAUCUGGAUUUAAAUAUGACGGAAAACGAUAGAAUUAAUCUAUAUUCUGAUCUGGCAACAGGAGCAGAGACUGGAUGGGAUUACUCUUCACGUUGGCUUCGCAACAAAAAGUUUGAUGGAAACUCACAGUUUGAUCUUCUCAAGUCACUCAACACACGCGCGAUCAUUCCAGUUGAACUGAAUUCUCUUCUCUACGACAUGGAGGUUCAAUUGGCUCAAUGGAAUACAGGGAAGAAGAAGGCAUACUAUGAACGCAGAGCUGAACAGCGUUUGAACAGCAUGGACAAAUUGUUGUGGAAUGACGAAAAGUUCUCGUUCUUUGAUUUCAAUUUGACCAGUCAAGCUCAACAGGUUGAAUUUACUCCAUCGAACUAUUUCCCAUUUUGGUUGGGAGCUGUUCCUGAACGUGUUGCAAAUGAUAGUGUAAAGUUAGCAAAUGUGUUUGAAGAACUUACGCAUGUUUUAAAUCUAUACCCUGGCAUCCUUACUACCACCUUAGUGGAAACCGGGCUUCAAUGGGAUUUACCAAACGGAUGGCCACCACUUCAAUAUGUUACUCUGCAUGCUCUUUUGAAUGUCCAUAAGCGGAUUACCCAAAAUGGAUAUUCCCAAGAUCUGAGCGACAAGGUGGAUUCGUUGAAGACAGUUGCAAAGGAUUUGGCGGAACGAUACGUUGAGUCUGGCUUCUGCGGCUGGUGGGCCACUGGAGGUACCAUCCCCGGCUAUAUAUCGAAUCUUGGUCAUUCGACCGAUACAGGCCAUAUGUUUGAAAAGUUUAAUGUAACAGUCAUUGGUAGAUCGGGUGGCGGCGGUGAAUAUCGGCCACAGAUGGGUUUUGGAUGGACCAACUCAAUUGCAUUUUGGAUUUUUGCCCACUUUCAGGACUUGCGUGCUCCUAAUUGUACCAUGGCAAUAUAGCCUAUUAGAUACAUGCAUUCCCAUUUUUCUCGACGGCUUUUUCAAAAGCUUUCAUCUCAUAAAAAAAAAAGUUGGAACAUUUAUUUCUAAGCCAAUAUCAUUUGAAACCGC